GCUUCCCGGUCGGGUCUCGGUCCCGAGGGCAGAAAAGAAAGAAAGAAAUGUCUUCUAAGUCAGAGAAAAGGCUGAAAACAGAGGCCAAACCUUCAAAGGUGACAGAAAAUCCUCCAGGACAAGGCAGUGAAGAAGAGGGCAUGUUCCAGAUUGGGAAGAUGCGUUAUGUCAGAGUGUCCUGCUUCAAGGGGAAGGUCCUCGUGGACAUCAGGGAGUUCUACGCUGACAAGGAGGGCGGCAUGAAACCGGGGCGGAAAGGGAUUGCCCUGUCUGCAGAACAGUGGAACCAGCUGAAGGAGAUCAUUCCUGAGAUCGAUGCUGCAGUCAAGAAAUUAUAAGAUGAAGAAUCUUGGACACCUUCAAUCUGUUUCCUUUCCCUUAAGUGCACUGACAACUAUAAAGCCAAGGAUUCUCAUCUGGAGCCUUCCCCUCACCUUGCUGGUGUCUCCUCACUGAGGUGGUGGUCAUGCUGAAAAGACCAGAGACUCUUCUAUUUUCAAGAAGUAGCUUGUAACGAGCACCUGGAACUAGAGCCAGGGCUGUGAAGUGAGACUUCAGCACCUCUGGUUUCAAGCAGACUUGGGGUCUGUGCUGGUGAGGGACGUGACCCCAGCCUGGCUUUCCAGGGGUGGAUGACUUCAGUCUACCUUGUGGAGUGCUUUAACUGCUCUACAUCCAUUACUGUCUUCCACUUGGUUGACUGUUGAGUAAGAUGUAUACCUCGUGUUGGCAUCCUCUGUUUCUUCCACAUGUCAUUCUGGCUAUUCCAAGUACUUUCUGUGUUGGUGAGGGUUGUUUGGUGUUUUGGGGUUUGGUGGGUUUUUUUGAGUGAAGAAAGGGUUUAUUAUACGUUAGCA